ACAUUCAAUACAAAAAUACAGCAAAGCAAAGCACUUCUCCUUGUUCUAUAAAAAUAGUCCUCUACAAGAAAACUUCUCUCCAAAAUAUCCCCUCUUUCCCUCUCACAAACUUUGUUUCUUUCUCUGUUAAUACUGUGCAAUGGAAUAUAGCAAGAAGAAGAAGAGUGGACCAUGGCUAUCAGUGCCACAAUUUGGACACUGGGACCAAAAGGGAGUAUUUCCAGACUACUCCAUGGAUUUCUCUCAAAUAAGAGAGAAUAGGAAACAGAACAAGAAUGACUUGUCAAGAGCCAGUUUAGGAAAUGAGAAUGAGCUCAUUUUCUCUACCAAAAAGGAUACAAAUGCAGCUUACUCUGCCCCCAGUAAUGACCACCAUUACUAUAAGAACCAAUCUCCAACUAGGAUGAGAAGGAUCUUCAGAUAUUUCAACUGCUGUGUAAAAGCUUGAAGUUCAUGGGAUUGAUUUCUUCCAACUUCUUUGUAAUAAUAGUGUAGCUAUGUGAUUUCGCCUAAGUUUUGAGUGACUCUUCCAAGAAAUUGAAAUUGGGAAAUGUUGUGGAUUUUGAGAUUUGGUGAUCAAGAAAAUGUUUCUCUGGAAGAACAA